GUCGCCGCGUCCAUCCCCCGUGGCUGGCCGACGUGCCGAGUCAACUGCCACGGGGACACCACCACCACCAGCAGACUCCAGCGGGGGAGACGACGGGGCAACCCUGGCCGGCCCCGUACCCCAGAGCCCCCUAGGUGUGACAUCGGGGCCCCCUGGUGUUACCCCUGGGACCAUAAGCAUGACCCCGGGGGCGUUAACUGCGUCCUCGGGGUCCAUAAGUAUGACCCCGGGGGCCAUGGGUGUGUACUGGCCAGCACUAAGGGACCACCCGCCUCCUGUACCUCCCCAGUUGCUCAAGAAACUGGCCUGUAAGGAGACUUCCAGCAUAGGCAAGGUCAAGGUCUUACUGAGAGUGGCACCGUCCUUGGAGGUAAGUCAAUCGUGCAAGGUGCUGAGUGUUGACCCCCGCAAGAAGACGGUGACCUUGUUUGACCCCGGGUCGGCUGUCCACCCCUCUUCCGCCCACACUGAGGAAUCUCGAGUGGGUAUCGCCGCCCCUAAGAUGUUCGCCUUUGAUGGUAUUUACACCCACGAGGAUUCUCAGACGGAAAUCUGUUCGGCGGCGUUGACGGACGUGAUCGUGGCGGUGUUGAGAGGUGCAGACGGGGCCGUCUUCAGCUUUGGCCAGUCCAACCUCGGUCAGGGAUACACAAUGGUGGGAGGAGGAGAAAGCUGCCACACGCUGGGGGUAAUGCCCUCGGCAGUGUGGUGGCUCUACAAGGCUCUACAGGACCACAGAGCCAACACAGGCGCCAGGUUCUCCGUCAGGAUCUCCGCCCUUCAGAUAGCUCCUGGAGACGUGGUGACCGAUCUCCUAGCCCAGUACGCACAGGGAGAACAAUCCCCCGGGGUGUUCCUGAUGGAGGACUCUGGCUCGUCACUCCUGCUAGCCCACGCGGCGGAGGUGAGGGCACCCACGGUGGAACGCGCCGCCCAGCUCCUCGACGCCGCCCUCGCCCACAGACUCGUCGAUGACCAGGGACGCCACGCCCACCUCGUCUUCACCCUUAACAUCUACCAGUACUCUGUCGAUACCUCGGCCAAGGGCGGAGUUGCUGGAGGAAGGAGUCGACUCCACCUGAUGGACUUCGGGGCCCUGGAGCGAGGUAAAGGGCCUUCCAGACUCACUCUCUCCUCCCUCGGUAACGUCAUCCUCGCCAUCUUCAAUGGACAGAAGCAUCUGCCUUACAAGGACGGGAAGCUGCCGCGGCUACUACGAGAGUGUGUUGGGUCAGUGAGGUGCGUUGCGGCCAUGUUGGUACACGUGUCUCCUACGUCAGGCCACUACCAGGAGACACUGGCCACCAUCCAGCUGGCCUCCAGGGUCCACAGGCUGCGACGACGACGCAUCAAGCCUCACAUGGGCGGGUCAGGUUCAGGUGGGUCAUCUGAGGAGUCGAGGUCAGGAAGGUCAUCCCGGGGCACCAUCACGGACACGGGUGGGUCAUCCUCCGUCGACCCCUCGUCCUCGGAGCAGUCGUGUGACACCGUGAUCUACGUGGGUCCUGCUGGCGACGACGCUACUGACGGGGAACACCCGCCUGUCUACCUCCCGUCUAUUAACUCCGGUGACAACCGCUGCUCCAUGAACAAGGCCCUCAGAGGCUCGGUCGUUGACGGGGCUUCCAAAAUGGACUCCCAGAGGACGCCUAAGAAGUCCUCGAAGGUCUCAGGGAGCGGCAAGAGUCCCUCGAAACCAAGUAAACACUCGGUGACUUCUAAAGACGGGUCGCACUCGUCUCCUCACAGGACUAAAGACUCACACAAGAGUCGUGACGGUGUGAGUGGUAGUGGUGCGGUAGGUAGUGGCGGGAGUUUACCAAGAACUCCUACUAAAUAUUCUUCUUCGUCUGGUGCUAAACUAUCUAGUGGUGCUACUCCCAAGUCCCCUAAAUCCCCCCACGUCUCGAGACACAGUAGACAUAAAGUAGCGGCAGGUAUGACGCCGCAUGCGGACGCCAGUGGGGCUCAGAGCCAACACGGCGGCAGUGAGGAACAGUGGAUAGACGGUCCCAGGUUCCACAGAGCUAAAGUUUACGACGGACACAAGAUGAAGAGUUACGAGCUGGAGACGUGGAUCGACGGACCCGAGGCGACCUAUGGCUACAUGGACGACCACAAGAAGUCCAUGAUACAGAAGUGGGUGGAGACACAGAACGCCCAAGUCCAACCCAAGUCCUCAGAACACUCGCAGAAAAGUCCGAAGCAUAAACAGUAUAAGGAACUAACACAGUUCAAGACCGUGGAGGACGAGGAGUCUUCCCCGAGACACAAGGAGAAGCACAGAGAGAAGAGGAAGAGCAGCGAGUGUAAGGAAUUACGUAAAGAUGGACAACACACAACCACCAGAGAGAAGGACGUCACGCCUCGUAAGAGAAGGAGUUACGGAGACAAGCCUCACGCAGCGAGUCAACCGGUGGUCGAACCAGAGGAAACCAACAAACCGAAGGUUCACUCAUACGUGUCCGAACCACUUAAGACAGAACCUCCCAAGGCUCAGGAACCGGAGAGUGCGAGUCCGGUGAACAAAGUAGAGCCACACGCGGUGAGUCAUGUCGAUAAAGUGCCUGAAAGUGGAGUGAGAAGUGAAGUGAAAAGACAGAGUAGUGUCAGUGAAGUGUCGUUAAGUUCGACCGCUUUUCCGGAUGCCAACGCCAACUUGCCUCCAGCAACGGUGGCGGCAGCGAUAGGUCAGAGGUCAGGGGGUCACCAGGGAGUGUGUGACGUGCGUAUGACCUUGACCAAUCAGACUGCUCCUGCUACUUCAGCUAUUAGAGGUCACGAGGUCGAGGAGGAGGAGGAGGAAGAGGUCCUUCAGGUCACCUACGUGGAAAACGAGACACCUCGGGUAGACAUGAGGACCCUGGCGCCUGAUGCAGUGGAGGAGGAUAGAGCCACGGAGGUGAGGUCGUCCUCAGACGAGACUACGACGGCGGAGGGCGACCCCAUGGAGGAGGACCAGUCUCAAGUGUCAUCUGAGGACGCUGCCACGGAGAGCCUCACUGAGGAGGAAGUGGUGUACCCUAGACCUGCCAAGUUCAUCCUGCACGAGGUGAGAGACUUGGACGAGGGGGAAGAGGAGCUGGAAGCGGCGCUGGACCGGUGGCUGGCAGAGGAGGACAGGGAGUACAUCGAGGUAGAGGAGCCGGAGGAACCCGUUGAGAUGGUCGACUCCUGGUGCCAAGUCACUGAAGAGGAUAUUGAACGGACAUUAGCUGAAGCUGGAGUCCACUUCAUUCCCUUUCUCCAGCAUCGCCACUUGCUGCCUACCCUUCAGGAGGAACCAGGUGAGUCUGCGGAGCCCCUCGACCACCACAUGGACCACCUGCACCAGCUGGAGGCCCUCAACAAUCAGGUGACCUCGAAGAUCGGGUCAGGGGUCCUGGAAGAGCCCCUACAGCCCCUGAAGGUGCCAGAGCAGAUGGUGGGUGACGCGGCCUUCCUUCACCCCGCGGGCGGGGACCAUCCGGGAGGAGAGUUCAAGAGCAGCCCCCGCUAUGAGCAAAUGAUCAAGGACCCAAACUUCACCGCCAAGACCCACUACUUCGCCAAGAGGCUGGAGGAACUGCAGCAGCUCCACGAGUUCUACAGGAAUCUGGCCAAACAGGCACCCAGAGGCAGGAACUCCGUCAACUCGCCGUCAGCCAAGGAGCUGACGGAGGUGAGUGAGGAUGAGUCCAGCGUCUCUGAAGGAGGAGAGGAACCUGAGCCAAAGAUCUUACCUCAGCCGUUUUUUAGUCAAGAGGGCACCCUGACCAGCAUGAAGAUGAGCGGGAGGGAUUAUGAGUUCAGCUGGAAGUCUCUACUGCCGGAGGAGAUCGAUGUCCAGAGUGAGACGCAUGAGGAAAAGACUGAGGGGGAAGACACGUCAUCAGAAGUCUCUAAGGACGUCAACGAUCCUCUUUACGACAUCCAGAGUGAUAUUAUGCCGUAUCUGCCCAGCAACUACGUCAGUUUAACGACUCUCAGCGCUCUCAGACAGCCAGAUGGCGCCUCCAAUCCUAAUCUAAACGGGGAAUUCGCCCAUACUGAACCCCAGGCUGACGCUGCGCCCCCAGAUAACGCUGUACCCCUGACAACGACGCUGCAGGAAAGAUUACCCGGCAACGGCGCCUCCCUUUCUGACGACGAGAGUAAUGUUAAGCAAGUUAAAGUAAAGAAGGAAAAGAGAAAGAAGAAACUCGGGUUACUGUCCAAGUCAAGCAAGUCCUGUGUCUACAAGGAGGAGGCGGACUGUGAAGAGGGCUCCACCCACAGCAAGCUGAGCUGGAGUCGUUUUUUUGGCAGUCCGAAGCACAAAGGUUCUCCAAAGGACACCUCCAAGAAAAGUAGCAAAUCUAAUUCGAAAUCCAGCAACAAGUCCCCAACAUCGUCAGGCAAGAGCUCGGAGAAGAGCGACAAAAAGUCCCAGCGAGAGAGAGAACGAUCGAAGGACUUCAAGACUUGUGCGUCCAAGGACAACAAGAGCAACAAGGAGGGGAAGGUGAGUCACUCCCAGGAGAACCACUACGGCCCCGACACCACCAAGCAACCAGACAACAAGAACACUAAGGCCCUCCAGAAGCUGGACUCUGAUCGGUCUAAUGGUAGCUUGAAGAGCAAAUCCCCAGCGCGCAAGAGCUCAGAGAAUCGCAGUGGACGGAGCGGGAGGAGAGAGAGCAGAGAGCAGCCACAACAGCAGUGCCAGCAGCCUCUACAGCAGCAGCAACAGUGUCAACAACCUCCACAACAACAGCAGCAGCAGCAACAGAGUCAGCGGUACCAAGGCUUCCACUGGGACUCCCCUCUGCCGCCAUUCCUCCCCGUCACCACCGCCGCCAUCCACCCUGGCUACGACUCCGGCGCUGACUCAGGCGUCGGCCUUAAGGUGAUCCCACGGGCGAGACGGUCCAGGGGCGAGAGUCGUCAUGGGGAGAGUUCUGGCUACGAGUCCGUCAUCCGCGACUCUGAGUGCUCCUCCUUCGGCUCCUCCCAGGACUCCGGCCUCGACGACGACGGCCUCAAGGGCAAGGCUGAAGGGAGAGGGAGUGAAAACAUAGCCGCCGGGACCACCAAGGCCAGACACCCCCCUCAGACGCGUUCCAAAAUCUCAGAGACUCAUCCUCCUAAACACGUCCAAAAAACGACCUGUCCCUCUAUAACCAGUCAUUCCCAUUCCCAUUCCCAUUCCAAAUAUCUGCCAUCGAGGAUGCCAUCUGGAUCGCCCUUGAGGACCCAGAAAACGACAACUACUGCAACAUCAGCUCUUGAAGUCAAGGCGUCUGGAGGAGGCGGCAGCGGUGGCGGUGUAGGUGGAAGUCCCUCUAUGCGCGUCCCUGUGGAAGAGUUUGACGAGGAGGACGUAGCGAGGUACGAGAGCCACAAGACCGAGGAAGACAUCGCCAAGUGCCGCAGGACGCAGGAGAAGAUCCGCGCCCUCAGGGAGAAGCAGGACCAACUCAAGCAGGAGCUGGAGGCUGCCAAGAGCCGCCUCAUGAUCGACAAAUCCAGGUGGAGCUUCGAGUUGCACGUUGAGGAGUGUAUGACCUGGCGUGAUGACGGCUACGUAGAGGCGCUCCAACAGGAGACUAUCAUCCUGGCCAAGAGGGUAAUGGCCGCCAGGAGUCGACUGCUCCUCUCGACCUGCUUCGACGCCUCCGCUAACGUACAGGACAAGGAUAUCUGCGAGGGGGAGGCCUUUGACGUCUCCCCCAGUCUGCAGGAUAAGGAUCUCUGUUUCGAGGAGGGAUUCCUAGAUGACUUCUUGUUCCUACCAGACAGAGAUGUGCGCCAGGGCGCCUCAGCUCUUGAUUGUGACCUGUCUGUGAUUAGUGAAGAGGAGAUGGUCGAAGACGAAGAGGCGGAGGACAAAGUCCAUGUACUACGAAGGGGAACGAGUAACUGGAGUGAACGAGAUAAUGAAGAAGACGACGACGAAGAAGACAGGGGGAGAAUACUUGGAAUGACACAAAGAGAACAUGAAGAUGAUUGUGUCACCCGGGGUAAGGGAGACGCAGUAAGACACAAGACACAGGAAGAACCCAAAGGCAGUUGUGAUAAACCUAAUACAGAUGUUGUGAUGAGGAGGUUCGGAACGCCUCCGGGCAGUAGAAUCGGAUCCGGAGUGAGCAUCGGCGAGGGCUUCAACGUGGAGGACUGGCGGCGCCUGAAGGAGUCUUUCAUUCUCUGACUAAAGCUUCCUGUUAUGUUUGUUUACAUCGAUCAGCUGUUACUCCAGCAGCUGAUCCAAAGUUUGUUUAUAUCAAUCAGCUGAUGCUCUACCAAUCAGUAGAUUUAUGAGUCUACUUUGUUAUCUGGGUCACCGUGGCUCCAUUGUCUCAAACUUCUAGAAUUUUGUUUUAUAUAUUUCUAAUUAUCCUCAUUAUCAACCACUGUAAAAAAAAUUAUUUUAUACUUCUUUUCUGCCCCGGAUAUUGUGGUCACAUUAAACAAAUAAUUAUGACGGGGAAAAAUAUUCGAGUUCCUCCUCUGGGAUCCAUCACCAUGUAAACACAAGGCUCAGCGUGGCCCCAUAUCUGCCCUCAAGGAUGUGUCGUGUGUGAGUGUGUGAUGUAAAAAAAAAAAUACAAAUAAAAAGCUAGAUAUAAGAUAACCAGAACAGCUACAGCUAAAAAAGAAGAAAAAAUGGUUCUAUCAGCACCAAACACUUAUAUUUACCUGUACAGUAUUUUAUAUUAUGUAAUUUACGUGUGAUAGCUUUGUGAACUCAAUAUCAUCAUCUUCCCGUAUACAUAUAUAUAUAAACCAACCCCACCUUCCCCAUCACGGUGGUUCUUCCAAUUGCCUAUUUUGUACAGAUCUUUUAGGUAAGUGUAUUUUUUUUUUUGGGUGUAAAAUUAAAA